AUGGUGGUGGAAGUGUGCAACUUCUUCGGGGUCUACCUUCUGUACUGCACCAACCCUCGUUACCAUGGCCGAGUCUACGUCGGCUUCACUGUCAAUCCCGAGCGACGCAUCAAUCAGCACAAUGGCGGGAAGCGACGCGGUGGGGCUUGGAAGACGAGCGGCCGUGGUCCUUGGUAAUGCAUAACAGCCGUAUUAUUCCCAUAGCUGUCAACUUUCCCCUUUUCUUGUGAUGAAUCCUAUUCGGAAUAAGGGAAUGUCCCUUAGAAACAGGGGAAAGUUGACAGCUAUGGUUAUUCCAAGUCAGACCUUUGGCCUAUUCAGCUCAGUAGUUGUUGACCACUGACUGGCCGCACCUCUCCAGGGUUUAUACUUAGUGAAUGGAGGGGGGCUUUCCCUGGCCAGCCUUAACUCGACAUAUCAGAAAUUGAACUUGGGAUUUUCUGCCUGUAAAGCACAUAUUCUACUACUGAGCUGUGACUUUCAAAUUUUCCUUUUCUGUCUAUGUCUUCCAUCUAAGUAUGUCCAUUUUCUAGGCCAACCAUUCUAAGGAGACUUCAGUGCAUACUGCGAACUAGACUUUCUAGGCUGUGCAUGCUGGGAAAUCAAAUUUUCCUUCCUUUCUCCUUGCAGGGACAUGGUGCUGAUCAUCCACGGUUUCCCUUCUGAUGUGGCUGCUCUGCGGGUAAGGCCCUUCUCAAUUUCCGCUCACCUUCCUUUUCCUUUUUAGCAGUGGGGUUCCUUUCCCCACAACUGCUAGUCCCCCACAAACCUAAGCAAUCUCCUUUGAUUUCCUCUCUCUUCCACACAGUUUGAGUGGGCUUGGCAGCAUCCGCACUCCUCCCGCCGCCUCACUCACGUGACCCGCCGCACUUCGCGGGAGCGUCAGUUUGACUUCCACCUGCGUGUCUUAGCCCACAUGCUCCAAACUGCUCCUUGGUGCCGUCUGCCCCUCACCAUUCGCUGGCUCAAGCAGGAAUAUUGCAGGGACUUCCCUGCAGGCCUGGAACCUCCGCUACACAUGCCGGUGGCUUUUGGGCAGGUCCGAGCUGUCAAGACCAAGGGGGUGAAACCUUCAGAGGUGAAUGUGGCUACUCCAAAACGCUGCAGCAUCUGUCUGAAAAAAUUCCAGGUAAUGCUGGGUCUAGGAUAUUUGGUAUCCUACCCACCUAUCUUCAUGGACUGGCUGGAUGCAGAGGAGUGGCAUUAGCUGGGGAAGGGAAGAAGGCUCAGAGCCCGGGGAGUGGUGGUGCGAUGACUGUGAGUGGUCAGAGGGAGAAGAGGGAACAGACUGGGAGAUGUCGGAAGCUGAAGAGGGAACAAGGCUUGGUGAGCAGGAAGAGGCUGUGGCAGAGAGCAGUCCAGAGGCAAAAGCAGAGAGGAGGCAGAGUGGUGGGGAGGCUGCUGAAGAAGCCAGGGAGUCUCCCCCUUUCUUCUGGUCUCCCAGAACAUGGAGAUGAAUGAAGAGGGUGGAGCAAAGAGAGACAAGACCAAGGAGCCUCAGGUUCCUGGGGAAGGACCUGCGGUCAAAGCCUUAGAGAGCGGUGGGGAGGCAGGGACCUGCAGUCCUCACAAUUGCCUCCUUGAGGCAAGACCUACUGGGAAGAGUUGCUGUGAUCACUAGGCCUGCAUUGUUUUGGGUUUUUUUGGAUAAAGAGUUAACUACAUUGACACCAGAUGUUCUAUUGCUGGCCCGCCCCUGACUCCAUCUCCUGACACCUGUCAAAGUUGGGCCGCAGGGGUAGGGGAACAGAGAAAGAUCAGGGCUGAAAAGGUUCCCCGCCUCUCCUUUAGCAGGAGAAUGGAUUGGAGUGAGUGGGGCAGGGAAGGAGGGCUGGAAGCUGGCAUUCCUGGAUGGUUUGAGAGGUGAGAUCUAUGGAAUGAGUGUCCGUUGCCAGACUUUUGAAAUAAUCUGGGGGAGAUUUGAAUUUGGGGCAAUAGGAACUUGGAAGUCUGUCGGAGAAUGCAAAAGCCCUACUAGACUAAGCCGAAGGUCCAGUCCUGUUCUCACAGUGGCCAACCAGAUGCCUCUGGGAAGCCGAAAAGCAGGGCCUGAGCGCAGCAGCACUACUCUCCUCCCUGGUGAUUCCCUGCAGGUAAUACCCAGAGGCACCCUGCCUCUGACAGUAGGGGGGAAAACAGCCAUUGCUGUACGCCUUUAUGAGACAGGAAUUGGUGCUGUUUCCUCCUGUGUCUGUUAUUGGAGUAGGGAUUAAGCUAGAAGGAGUUGAGGACUGUGUUUUGGAUUUCUUUUUCCCCCUGCAGGAUGGUGACAAUGACAUCCCCUUGCACUGCUUCCACCCUGGCUGCACCAUGGCUGCUCAUAUGACUUGUUUGUCUCGGGCUUUUCUAGCGAAAGAGCCACUUCACUUCCUGCCAAUCGAAGGGCAGUGCCCGGGGUAAGCAACUCCUCUUGCGCACCGGCAGAAUUAAAAGAGGUUGGAGCAAGCUGACAGAAUUUGAAAUGCUGGCACUGAGCCUGCCCUAUCCUGCUCCAGCUACCACACUGAGAAAAUCCUGCUUUCUCCCCCUUUCCCCCAGCUGCAAGAAUCUUGUGCUCUGGGGGGACCUGGUUCGUCACCAUAAAGGCUGUUACGGCAACCUAGAAGCUGAUCCCACCUCCUCCCAGGUAAAGGCCUCUAGGUGCUAUUUCUAUAUUUGACUAGUUUGUGCUGGAAACUAUAUUGUGUUCAAGCAGAUAGAUUAGAGUUGCCAUAUUUCAAACAGUUAAAAAUCUGGACAUUUUAAAGUGUCUGCUAUUUUUAAGGAAAAUCUCCAAGAACGACACUGCUGACGUGGGUCACCAUAUGUCCAGAUUUUACCAGGCAUUUUAGCGAUUUCCCCCCAGACACUGCUUCCGACUGCAGUAUUCCGGUUAUGUCCGGGAAAUUCCGGCUAUAUGGAAACCCUAAGAUAGAUGUACAAGCCCAUCCCUGUCCCGUAUAAGCCUUUCUCCUCCAACCAGCUCCCUUUCCUUCCAAUCAAGUUAAUCUCCUGCCUAUGCUACUUAAAUUCUCCCUCUUUAUUUGGUCACAUCACCUCUGGCAUAAGCCCCACCUGUUCCACUCCGCUAUGUUGUUCCUUGCACGUUAAUCCAUUUCCUUCCUUUUAUGCUGCAGGAGCACUGGACUAAUGAGCUGCAGCUGUGA